AUGGCGCCACAGAACGAAAAGAGCUCUCUUAAACGCAGUAGGGUUAGCACGGACCAUGAUUCACAAGAUUUGAAAAAGCAGCGGCGCUCUCAGAGAACUACAGACCAAGAUCAAUCCCAGACUACGCCGGUGAAUCAGUCCUAUUUACCUACGCCUCUAACCCAACAAAAUUCAACUACGACGGACGUUACGAAAGAAGUCACAGCUUCACCUGGUGCUUCUAGCCAAGUGCGCUGUCAAACGCCGCUCAAUUCAGAUUCCCUCCAAACAUUUUCGUCUCCUCCUGGCGAUACGCAGGCUCAAUCACAAUUUGUAUACCCACCCAGAGCAUUUGCCGACGAAGUGGAGGAUGAGGCCGCUGAAGGGGUAUGGGGCUACCUCAUUCCGCUUGAUGAAAAGGUUCGGAGGCCCCUUGUUCUGAGAAAACGAGAUAGUUGUGAAGGCCAUGCGGAUGCCAAGUCCAAGGGCAAGGCUGGGAAGGCAACUCGACGGCAAGAUAAAUCAUCGGAGGACAAACAAGCGAAGAUCCAUCCCCCUGGCGGUUACUUAGUUGGUCGCCAUCCGGAAUGUGACUUGGUGAUCAACGUCCCCACUAUAUCUAAUCGGCAUUUCUUGAUCUUCCCAGAAAACAGAAAGGGUGGAUCGGUCGCGAUAAUGGAGGAUCUGUCUAGCAAUGGUACUUUUAUUAAUGAUGCAAUCGUUGGGCGUAACAAGCAUCGCGAACUUGAAGACGGGGAUGAAGUCACUAUCUUGGAUGAAGCACGCUUUGUUUUCAGGUACCCUCGCACAAGGGAAACAAGUGGGUUCCGCCAGCAAUACAGGCUUCUUCAACAACUUGGAAAAGGCCAUUUUGCAACUGUCUACCUUUGUGCAGAACGGUCUACAGGAACGCAAUACGCCGUUAAGGUUUUUGAGAAACAUGUGGCACCAGAGAUAUUACAAGAUUCCCGCCGGCGCCGAUACACGAAAGCUGUGGACAUCUGGUCCCUUGGCGUUGUUCUUUACAUAUGCCUUUGUGGAUUUCCCCCUUUCUCCGAUGAGCUUUAUACUGCCGAGAGCCCGUACACUUUAGCGCAGCAGAUCAAGAUGGGUCGCUUUGAUUACCCAUCACCCUACUGGGAUUCUGUGGGCGACCCGGCUCUAGAUCUCAUAGACAAAAUGCUCACCGUUGAUGUCGACAAGAGAAUCACCGUGGACGAAUGCCUAGAGCAUCCAUGGCUUACUGGGAAAUACCCUAGUGUUUCUGACAGCACUGAUGGGCUAACUGGAGCCUUGGGAAAACUGGACUUCUCGAAACGAAAAAUCGCCCGGGAACGCACGCUCCUUAGCAGUGUCAAUUAUGUCCAUUUCAGUGAGCACGUGGAGGAAGGUGCUAUUCCGAUUAAAGUUUUCCAUAAGAAUAACGCCGGAAAACGUGUGCACAACCGGCCUGCCAAAGCCCAAAAACGUGAAGUGUCACCUGACGAAAAUAGUGCCCCUUACGAUUUUGUCAACCUUGGAGAGCGUGGGGAUCCAGUGCUGUUCAAAGAAGAUUCCGUCAGUCAGUACAGAUGA